UAAGAGGGGAGCUGAGCAAAGAAGUGGAGAAUUGAACCUCUGUCCUCAUGAAGACCCUUUGCUCUGUGGGUUUUGGCUGUUUCUUCCUGUUGCCCCUGUUCUCCUUAGAGUCGAGUGCUGUAUGACACAGUCCACUACAGAGACUGCUGCCAGCUUUUCCAGGGAAACAUCAGAGGGAUUUUCUUCUUAGAGAGAACCACAAGAUGGAGCAAAAUGAUUCCAGGAGCUCCUGCAUUUGACAUCUCCCUCUUCCUGUCUGAAAAACAUCAACAAGAACAGCUAUUAGAGACCCACUGUGAGGCUGGAAAAACCUGCCAUGGAAUGCCAGGACAUGUGGAAAACUGUAAAGCUGAGUUUCAGUCUGCUGCUGGGCUUUGGAACUUCAGAGAGGGCUGUGCCAAGGUUGAGGGCACUCUGAACAAACAGAAGAGUUCCAUGAUCUCUCCUGGAAGUGCAUCUCAGCAUCUUUGAAUCUUGCAGUAACAGAGCUCUUGUAAGACAGAAAUCUGUCCUGUGCAGCACUAUAUAGUUUUCACCUACAGCCUAAAUAGAAAUUAGGUCAGAUGUCUCAUUUAUUGUUUUGUCACUUCACAUAUUCCCUGGGUCAGUGUUCCUGUUUAUUUUCCUGUGUGGGAAUGCCUGUGGUGGUUCUUGUGGCUGUGUUGUGUGUGUUACUGGUCACUGAUGUUCCAGAGCCAUUGAUUAGGAAACACUGUGCUGGAUAAGCAGCUGGAAGUGUCACCUCCUGCCACCAGCUCCAGCAGCUGUCCUGUGGCUCACUGGAAGCCUUGGGGCUGGUGGUGAGCCCCCAGGACUGCUGGCUCAUUGCUUGCCUGUUUGUGGCUGAGCUGUGCCUCAGCUGCUGCUGCCUCCCUGCAGAACAUCAGAAACUAGAAACUGAUUAUCAGUGCACUGAUAAAUCUGGUUAUUUUAUCAGCACAUGGUGUACUGGCCUUCAACAGCUUGAAGUAAGGGUCUGAUGCUGAAGAUUGAUUCAUGAAUUUGGAAUUGUAUCAAUUUCCUAGAGAAAGCCAGGAUUGAUGGAUCCAAACUUGCCUGUGCAGCCAUAGCUGUUUAUUGCUGCUGCUUUUUUUCUUUUAACUCAGAUUUUCUAGGCCAUGCAGGAGGAGUUGGAUUGAAUUUAGGGAACAGAGCUACUUGUCAAAUCUCUCAUGUGUCUGCUUCUCCUGUUUUUUUGUUGUUCUGGGUUUUGCACUGAGGUGCAUCAAACCUAAAUGGGUGCAGAGAGGUUACAGGAAAAUUUCAGGCUGUUGUGGUAUCCAGGAAACACCACUGAGGUGCAAGAGAAGAGCAUUUCCCAGGCUUUGUGAAAUGUUCUUGUCUUCCUUCUCAGGUUUCAGUUAUUACCUCUGUGAAGAUGGGGAACUUGAUUAUCCUAGAGGUCUUUUCCAACCUAUUCAGUGAUUUCAAGGCUAGUUCUAGGAGCCUGAAAAACCCCAAAGUGCCAAAUAAUUUUGUCUAGAGCACUGUCCUGCAUCAAGCAAUGAUGGUGGGGCCCCUGUGCUAAACCAUGGCCACUCAAACACCCCCUGAAAUGCUUGGGCUUGCAAAUCACCUCAAUCUUCCUUGUGUUUGUGUUUUUGCAGAGCUGACCCUGAACCCACCAGAAGGGAUUGUGGCAGGUCCCAUGAAUGAAGAGAACUUCUUUGAGUGGGAAGCCUUGAUCAUGGGUCCUGAAGACACCUGUUUUGAGUAUGGGGUUUUCCCUGCCAUCCUGAGUUUCCCGCUGGAUUACCCCUUGAGCCCUCCCAAGAUGAGGUUCACGUGUGAGAUGUUCCAUCCCAACAUUUACCCAGAUGGGAGAGUGUGCAUCUCGAUCCUUCAUGCUCCUGGGGAUGAUCCCAUGGGAUACGAGAGCAGCGCGGAGCGGUGGAGUCCUGUGCAGAGUGUGGAGAAGAUCCUCUUAUCAGUUGUUAGCAUGCUGGCAGAGCCGAAUGAUGAAAGUGGAGCCAAUGUAGAUGCCUCCAAGAUGUGGCGGGAAGACAGAGAACAGUUUAACAAAAUUGCCAAGCAGAUUGUGCAGAAGUCACUUGGACUUUAAGCUCACAGAGAGACUGAAGUGUUUUGUAUUUCUCUCCACCUGGAAACGAGCAGUGCUCAGUGCUGGUACCAAAAAGGAAAACUUUGUAAAACCAUUGGCCUAGUUUUUAAAUUUGUUAUUUAUUUGCCAUCUCUUUUCUUCCACUGCUCCAGAGAAGCCUCUAGUUCACUCACUAAAUUGUGUGGAAAAGGGAUUUAAUGGUAGAGAAAAAUACAGAGACAAUGCUGUUUCGAAGGCUGCUUGUUACUACCUUUGUAGUGUGGAGAGCCUGGAGACUUGGCAAUCUGCAGCCUCCCCCUCACCCAACUGCUGUUGGAGAGCAGUGCUGGUUUGGAUCCUCUGCUGGCAGAAUUAGUUGUGUUUUUAUAGGUAGCAUUGCAUCUGGAGCAGCAGUAGACAGGAAUUACUCUAUCCAUUCUGUACUUGUUAGGUUAAGGGCAGCAGUUGCAGUCAGAGCUGAUUUGAAGAGUAUAGUUAGCAGGAGAGGCUGUGAAGCAAGGCUGUAGUCAGGGUGUGUUAGCAAAGAAAGGAACUUUAGGGAGUGAGCUGUGAGACUGGCUGGGGAUCUGGAAUGGCCUGGUGUUCCCAGGUAACACUGGGAGUUUGUACUGAGCCUUUGGGUCAGUGUUGGCUUGGCAGAAAUCCCAAGAGCUGCUUUAUUAGUUCUUGAAGACGCUCAGUUGUAAACUUUACACUCAGUUACAGGCACAAGGUGUAAAGGUUGGAUUGUCCAGGUUCACCUGGGCGAGGUAGGUCAUUGGCAGUUGGAAAAUCCAGUGAGGAUGUGUUUGCUCUGCUGGGCUUUCUCAUAGCUCUGCAAAAAUAUCAGCUCACUCUGGUGACACAUGAGUGUUGAGAGGAUUUGGCACUGCUUUGCCAUUACAACCCUGUCACCUGUUUUUGGGUGGCAGACCCAAGAUGAGCAUGAUGGACUUACAAAAAUGACCUGUGGCACUCUACACUGAGUGCUCUUGUGUUUUAAAUAGGAGCCAGAGAAGAUGGGCUGUUUGCUCAAGGAUGGUACCACGUGUGUUUUGGACUGCAGUGUUGUAGCUAGUGUGAAGGGUGCAGGAAAUACCAGCUGGUCAGUUCUUAAAAUUUCUGAGGGGCCUCUGCUGACCUUUCUGCUUUGCAAGCCAAUCUCAUGUGUAGGUCCAAAAUUCUCCAAUUUACUACAAGCAAUAACAUGCCCAUUGAUAGCAUGGAAUCCAAUUCUGUUGGCAGCUUUAAAUGGGCUAAAUUUGACAAGGGCUGUUUGUUUUUUUUUAAAUGUGGAAAAGUGUGACAAAGAAGGAGUCACACCAUGAAGAAAGCUUUACAGAGGUGAUGGUGUGCAUGUGUGUGGCACAACUGUUCAGCAUUUCUGUCUUGCUGUCUGUGCUGCACUUUGCCAUCGUUCUGCACCUCUGAAGAGUUGUGUUGCUACAAUCUGCUGAUUUUACCUCCUUGUAGAAGUAAUUGUGGCUUUGAUGUCAGGGUGGAAGUGGGACUGGACAUAGCUUGGCAACAGAGAUGAUGAAAUAGUGUUGUACCUAACUAGUAUUUCAAGGCAUACAGGAAAAUGUAGCACUUUACGCAAACUGGGAGUGUUUUUGGGAGUAGAGGGAGGGUUGCUCCUGGGAGUACUGCAGCCACCCUUGGGAGCAAUGCUGGAGAGCUGAAAGAGCCAUGCAGAAAUACAGACAUGGCAAAAGUGGAGUUUGCCUAAGUGCUGAGUGUUUUAUUCAUGUGUGCUUGCUCAUUAUCUUGAUUUUAUGGUGGGAUUUAGUCUGUAUACUGAAAAUAAAGUGAUUAUAUUUUCUCCUUU